GAAGGAUGCGCCGCGCCUUGCUCCUCCUCCGCCUGCUGGGCGGCUUCGCUGCGCUUCUGGCUGCUGCGGCACAGGAUGCAGUUGGCUGUGGAGUCCCAACGAGGUUAAGCUUUGCUGAGCUGAGGAAUGAGUAUAAAAAUCAGAAUGACUUUUCCGUUGGGAAGACUGCAAAAUACAUGUGUCGGCCUGGAUAUAGAAGAGACCCACAGCUACAGCCCACUAUUAAAUGCCUUGAAAAUGGAAGGUGGUCAGAAGCACUCGAGUUCUGUAAAAAGAAAUCGUGUGGUCAUCCAGGAGAGCCGGAGAACGGCAGAGUUAUUAUAACAGAUAUCCAAUUUGGGUCAACAGUCCACUUUGCGUGUGAAGAAGGGCACAGGUUGAUUGGAAAGCCUUACAGACGAUGUGAGAUUUAUGAGACGCGUGUUGCAUGGAGUGGUGAAGUUCCCAUUUGUGAACGUAUUCCGUGUCUUCCGCCUCCUGACAUCCCCAAUGGAAGGCACACUGGGGUGAUAAUGGAUGGCUUCUCUUAUGGGUCAGUUGUAACCUACAAAUGUGAAAGUAGUUACCCGCUCACUGGAGAGGCCACUAUUCACUGUACAACCAAGGACGGGCUAAACGGAGAGUGGAGUGCGCGUCCCCCUCGGUGUGGAGAGGUUAGAUGCCCAGCCCCGCAGAUCCAGAAUGGAAGAAGAGUAUCUGGUGACAGAAAUGUCUAUUCGUAUAAAGACAGUGUUACCUUUGAGUGUGAUCCCGGCUACACUAUGAAGGGUCACAGUCUGAGUCAGUGCCAAACUGAUGACACGUGGGAUCCACCUUUGCCCGUCUGUGAGCUAGUGACAUGCAUAAGCCCAGAAGUGGAGAAUGGCAGAACAAAUGGGGUACAGCCUGCCUACAGACCCAGAGACCUCGUUGUGUUCGAAUGUGACCCCGGUUUCACCUUGAGCGGCAGCCCCGAGACUCGGUGUCAAGAUGAUGGUAGAUGGGAUCCUCCUGUCCCUGUCUGUGAAAGAAUGCUGCAGUGUCCCUCUCCUCCAGCCAUCGCCAACGGGAAGCCCAGCAUCCAGGCCUCGGCAGUGUUCACCACUGGAACAUCUGUAAAUUACAGCUGUGAGCCCGGCUACUCCCUUACUGGGCAGGCAUCUAUUUAUUGUACGGCAUCCGCAACGUGGAGCCCUCCCCCACCUCAAUGUGAAGAGGUUCUCUGCAUCACCCCAGAAAUCCAGAAUGGAAGAAAAGUAGCUGGACAUGGACCUGUCUAUAGACCCAGGGACACGGUUAGGUUUGAAUGUGAUCCUGGCUACACCCUGAAUGGCAGCCGUCAUAUUCAGUGCCGAGAUGAUAGAACCUGGGAUCCUCCUGUUCCAGCCUGCAUACAGGCGUUGCCGUGUCCCCCACCUCCAGUCAUUGUCAAUGGGAAGCACAGUGCCAAGCCAUUGACAGCUUUCCCCAGUGGAACAUACGUGAACUACAGCUGUGAACCCGACUACGCCCUCCGUGGAGAGGCUUCGAUCUAUUGUACCACAUCUGGAACGUGGAGCCACCCUUCUCCUCUAUGUGAAGAGGGCUGUGGUGUCCCAACAAGGUUAAGCUUUGCUGAGCUGAAGAGCGAGUAUAAAAAUCAGUCUUCCUUUCCUGUUGGGAAGACUAUAAACUAUACUUGCCGCCCUGGAUACAGUAGACACCCGCGGAUGCAAUCCACUCUUACAUGCCUUGAAAAUCGAACGUGGUCAGAAGCCUUUGAGUUCUGUAAAAAGAAAUCAUGUGGUCAUCCAGGAGAGCCAGAGAAUGGCAGAGUUAUUGUAACAGAUAUCCUCGUUGGGUCAACCGUCAACUUCACGUGUGAAGAAGGGCACCGGUUGAUUGGACAGCCUUACAGACGAUGUGAGAUUUAUGGCACGCGUGUUGCAUGGAGUGGUGAAGUUCCCAUUUGUGAGCGUAUUCCGUGUCUUCCGCCUCCAGACAUCCCCAAUGGAAGACGCACGUUAAUGAAAAACUUCUUUUAUGGGUCAGCUGUAACUUACAAAUGUAACAGUGGUUACCCACUCACUGGUGAGGCCUCUAUUCACUGCACAACUGAGGACGGGCAAAACGGAGUGUGGAAUGCGCGUCCCCCUCGUUGUGGAGAGGUUAGAUGCCCAGUCCCACAAAUCCAGAAUGGAAGGAGAGUAUCUGGUGACAGACAGGUCUAUUCAUAUAAAGACAGUGUUACCUUUGAGUGUGAUCCCGGCUACACCAUGAAGGGUCACAGGCUGAGUGAGUGCCAAACUGAUGACACGUGGGAUCCACCUUUGCCAGUCUGUGAGCCAGCCACGUGCAUAAGCCCAGAAGUGGAGAAUGGCAGAACAAAUGGGGUACAGCCUACCUACAGACCCAGAGACAUUGUUGUGUUUGAAUGCGACCCUGGUUACACCUUGAGUGGCAGCCCAGAGACUCAAUGCCAAGAUGAUGGUAGAUGGGAUCCUCCUGUCCCUGUCUGUGAAAGAAUGCUGCAGUGUCCCGCUCCUCCAGCCAUCGCCAACGGGAAGCCCAGCAGCCGGGACUUGGCAGUGUUCACCAGUGGAACGUCUGUAAAUUACAGCUGUGAGCCCGGCUACUCCCUUACUGGGCAGGCAUCUAUUUAUUGUACGGCAUCUGGAACAUGGAGCCCUCCCCCGCCUCGGUGUGAAGAGGUUCUCUGCAUCGCCCCAGAAAUCCAGCAUGGAAGAGAAGUAGCUGGACGUGGACCUGUCUAUAGACCCAGGGACACGGUUAGGUUUGAAUGUGAUCCUGGCUACACCCUGAUUGGCAGCCGUCAGAUUCAGUGUCGAGAUGACGGAACCUGGGAUCCUCCUGUUCCAGCCUGCAUACAGGUGACAUGCAUAAGCCCAGAAGUGGAGAAUGGGAGAACAAAUGGGGUACAGCCUGCCUACAGACCCAGAGACAUCGUUGUGUUCGAAUGCAACCCUGGUUACACCUUGAGCGGCAGCCCAGAGACUCAGUGCCAAGAUGAUGGUAGAUGGGAUCCUCCUGUCCCUAUCUGUGAAAGAAUGCUGCAGUGUCCCGCUCCUCCAGCCAUCGCCAACGGGAAGCCCAGCGGCCGGGACUUGGCAGUGUUCACCACUGGAACGUCUGUAAAUUACAGCUGUGAGCCCGGCUACUCCCUUACUGGGCAGGCAUCUAUUUAUUGUUCGGCAUCCGGAACGUGGAGACCUCCCCCGCCUCGAUGUGAAGAGGUUCUCUGCAUCGCCCCAGAAAUCCAGCAUGGAAGAAAAGUAGCUGGACGUGGACCUGUCUAUCGACCCAGGGACACGGUUAGGUUUGAAUGUGAUCCUGGCUACACCCUGAAUGGCAGUCGUCAUAUUCAGUGCCGAGAUGAAGGAACCUGGGAUCCUCCUGUUCCAGCCUGCAUACGGGAGGUUAGAUGCCCAGUCCCACAAAUCCAGAAUGGAAGGAGAGUAUCUGGUGACAGACAUGUCUAUUCGUAUAAAGACAGUGUUACCUUUGAGUGCAAUCCCGGUUACACCAUGAAGGGUCACAGUCUGAGUCAGUGCCAAGCUGAUGACACGUGGGAUCCACCCUUGCCGGUCUGUGAGCCAGCCACGUGCAUGAGCCCAGAAGUGGAGAAUGGAAGGACAAAUGGGGUACAGCCUGCCUACAGACCCAGAGACAUCGUUGUGUUUGAAUGCAACCCUGGUUACACCUUGAGCGGGAGCCCUGAGACUCAGUGCCAAGAUGAUGGUAGAUGGGAUCCUCCUGUCCCUGUCUGUGAAAGAAUGCUGCGGUGUCCCUCUCCUCCAGCCAUCACCAAUGGGAAGCCCAGCGGCCAGGACUUGGCAGUGUUCACCAGUGGAACGUCUGUAAAUUACAGCUGUGAGCCCGGCUACUCCCUUACUGGGCAGGCAUCUGUUUAUUGUACGGCAUCCGGAACGUGGAGCCCUCCCCCUCCUCGGUGUGAAGAGGUUCUCUGCAUCGCCCCAGAAAUCCAGCAUGGAAGAAAAGUUGCUGGACGUGGACCUGUCUAUAGACCCAAGGACAUGGUUAGGUUUGAAUGUGAUCCUGGCUACACCCUGAAUGGCAGUCGUCAUAUUCAGUGCCAAGAUGAAGGAACCUGGGAUCCUCCUGUUCCAGUCUGCAUACAGGCCAUGUGCAUAAGCCCAGAAGUGGAGAAUGGCAGAACAAAUGGGGUACAGCCUCCCUACAGACCCAGAGACAUCGUUGUGUUUGAAUGCAACCCUGGUUACACCUUGAGCGGCAGCCCUGAGACUCAGUGCCAAGAUGAUGGUAGAUGGGAUCCUCCUGUCCCUGUCUGUGAAAGAAUGCUGCAGUGUCCCUCUCCUCCAGCCAUCGCCAACGGGAAGCCCAGCAGCCAGGACUUGGCAGUGUUCAUCACUGGAACGUCUGUAAAUUACAGCUGUGAGCCCGGCUACUCCCUUACUGGGCAGGCAUCUAUUUAUUGUACGGCAUCUGGAACAUGGAGCCCUCCCCCUCCUCGGUGUGAAGAGGUUCUCUGCAUCGCCCCAGAAAUCCAGAAUGGAAGAAAAGUAGCUAGACAUGGACAUGUCUAUAGACCCAGGGACACGGUUAGGUUUGAAUGUGAUCCUGGCUACACCCUGAAUGGCAGCCGUCAGAUUCAGUGCCGAGAUGAAGGAACCUGGGAUCCUCCUGUUCCAGCCUGCAUACGGGCAUUGCUGUGUCCCCCACCUCCAGUCAUUGUCAAUGGGAAGCACAGUGCCAAGCCAUUGACAGCUUUCCCUAGUGGAACAUACGUGAACUACAGCUGUGAACCUGGCUACGCCCUCCAUGGAGAGGCUUCGAUCUAUUGUACCACAUCUGGAACUUGGAGCCACCCUUCUCCUCUAUGUGAAGAUGGCUGUGGUGUCCCAACGAGGUUAAGCUUUGCUGAGCUGAAGAGCGAAUAUAAAAAUCAGUCUUACUUUCCUGUUGGGAAGACUAUAAACUAUACUUGCCGGCCUGGAUACAGCAGACAGCCGCAGAUGCCACCCACUAUUAAAUGCCUUCAAAAUCGAAUGUGGUCAGAAGCACUCAAGUUCUGUAAAAAGAAAUCGUGUGGUCAUCCAGGAGAGCCAGAGAAUGGCAGAGUUAUUAUAACAGAUAUCCUCUUUGGGUCAACCGUCAACUUCACUUGUGAAGAAGGGCACCGGUUGAUUGGACAGCCUUACAGACGGUGUGAGAUUUAUGGCACGCGUGUUGCAUGGACUGAUGAAGUUCCCAUUUGUGAGAAGGUUAGAUGCCCAGCUCCACAGAUCCGGAAUGGAAGAAGAGUAUCUGGUGACAGACGUGUCUAUUUGUAUAAAGACAGUGUUACCUUUGAGUGUGAUCCCGGCUACACCAUGAAGGGUCACAGUCUGAGUCAGUGCCAAACUGAUGACAUGUGGGAUCCACCUUUGCCGGUCUGUGAGCCAGUGACAUGCGUAAGCCCAGAAGUGGAGAAUGGAAGAACAAAUGGGGUACAGCCUGCCUACAGACCCAGAGACCUCGUUGUGUUCGAAUGUGACCCUGGUUACACCUUGAGUGGCAGCCCCGAGACUCAGUGCCAAGAUGAUGGUAGAUGGGAUCCUCCUGUCCCUGUCUGUGAAAGAAUGCUGCGGUGUCCCUCUCCUCCAGCCAUCACCAACGGGAAGCCCAGCAGCCGGGACUUGGCAGUGUUCACCACUGGAACGUCUGUAAAUUACAGCUGUGAGCCCGGCUAUUCCCUUACUGGGCAGGCAUCUAUUUAUUGUACGGCAUCCGGAACUUGGAGCCCUCCCCCCCCUCAGUGUGAAGAGGUUCUCUGCAUCACCCCAGAAAUCCAGCAUGGAAGAAAAGUUGCUGAACAUGGACCUGUCUAUAGACCCAGGGACACGGUUAGGUUUAAAUGUGAUCCUGGCUACACUCUGAAUGGCAGCCGUCAGAUUCAGUGCCGAGAUGACAGAACCUGGGAUCUUCCUGUUCCAGCCUGCAUACAGGAGUUGCCGUGUCCCGCACCUCCGGUCAUUGUCAAAGGGAAACACAAUGCCAAGCCAUUGGCAGCUUUCCCCAGUGGAACAUAUGUGAACUACAGCUGUGAACCUGGCUACGUCCUCCGUGGAGAGGCUUCGAUCUAUUGUACCACAUCUGGAACUUGGAGCCACUCUUCUCCUCUAUGUGAAGGUUCCUAUAACUUCAUCUCAGUAGUCCUCGGGAUCGCAGGUGGCGUGCUGCUGCUUCUCCUGGUGACCAUCAUUAUGUGGAUUAUGACUAAGCAGAAUGCAGGCUAUUACUAUACACAUGAAAACAAGUACCAGAUACCUUCGACCCACAUAACUGAACAAAAAAUUUCAUUUGCACCAUAGCAGGCAGGAAACCGCUUCUCAUCAUGGUCGAGUAUUUUGUCUGGAGAAUACGGAAGCAUUUCCUUCACCGUCUUUGUGGGUAAUUUACCUUCUUGCAACGAAGUUCCCUAGGGGAAAAUGCAAAGCCAUAGCAUAUUGCGACGUUAUUACUGCAGCUGCUUCCAUUAGAUGCUUAUAGCAGUUUAGUUCAUUAAGAUCAACUUUACACAGCACCAGACUGUAGCUUUUAGGCCUCCUUCAUACCCUCCUGCUGUUUGUCCAUGAAAACGUCUUGCAUGCAGACUUCUGAAAUGAACAAGACACGCUGCAGCAUCAAGGAUGCUUACUCCUCAGAUUAUGCUCUGGCCUUCUUUCCUUUUCAUGGAAAUUCUUGUUUCUGAGCAGUUGACUAAGCAAUCUGUCACCUGGAGGAGGAGAAGACACAAGGGCUGCUGAGCCUGCCUUGAUUAGAAACUGCAAGCACAAGACCCUGAACUUCCUCCUGAGCAUGCUUCAUUGAGUGCCACUUCAUUGAGUGAAAAGUCUGGGAAGCUUGUGUGUGUGAAAAAGGAACCUUUAAUUUUGAGGAGUUCAUGGAUUUUAUAAGAGUGCUUCAUGACUGCCAACCCUCUAUCUUUUUAGUUUUACUUGCUCUUCAAAGACACAGCACUUAAUGUCCUUCACCUUAUAGUAGAGAUACAAUCAACUUUUUACAACCCUUUGUAAUUUUUAACCCCUCUAAAAAUAAGACUAGGAUGAAAUUUUGCCUUCAAUAUUUAAUUUUUUCUUCUUGGAUCACUUACUUUAAAAUGACUUAAUAGGAAUGAAACUACAGAUUAAAUGUUUUAAUACUGA